UCGCAAAUCCGUGACUCGUCAACGCGGAAGCUCCUGGUACAACAACACCUCCAUGAUUUCUUCGACUAACGUGUUGUAGAAAGCUGGAGUCUCUCUGUUGCAGCUUCAGGGUUUGUUUUUUUUACUCCGCUUUAACUCUCGUAGCUUCUGAGGGGGGAAACAUGGCCGUCGCACCGUUUAUUAUUCUGUAGCUCUCCCUGCCGUUAAAGCGCCGCCGGUAAAGUGUAACGACUUCCCGAAAAGCUGAAGAAAAUGCCAGCUCGGAAUAUUGUGUCCCACGAUCCUCCCAGCGGCAAAGUGAGGUACUCCCGGUUAGCCACGGAUGAUGACGGCUACAUUGAUUUACAGUUCAAAAGGAGCCCACCCAAGGUCCCGUACAAAGCAAUCGCCCUCGCCUCGGUGCUCUUUCUCAUCGGCUCCAUCUUAAUCGUCAUCGGCUCUCUUCUGUUGGCUGGAUACUUUGGAGUUACCAAUUCUGACCGAACAGUGCCUGUCCUGAUCAUCGGCAUCAUCGUCUUCCUGCCCGGUAUUUACCACUUACGGAUAGCUUACUACGCAUCAAAGGGCUAUCCAGGGUACUCCUAUGAUGACAUCCCAGACUUUGAUGACUGAAACGCACCAAAGCUUUAGCUGCAGCCUUGUUGCCCUCGCAUGCACUCAUUUAUCGCUUGUAAUGAAUUUAUAAAAACAGCCUAACGAAUCAUUUUUGUAAAUCGAUGUUCUUUGUGUAGGUGUUAUGUCUAGUUAGUAUGUGGACGUCUUUGUCUAUCUUAAUAAAUUAUUAAAACAAUCCUUUAACUAUU